AUGGGUCAGUUUAAGCAUCAUAAAAAAAACAACUUUAAAAAGAACUACGAUAAUGAUUUUAAAAUGGGAAAAAUAAUUUUGGGAGGGACAUAUUUUAAAUCUUGUGAAAAUGAUUUAGUAAUAAAAAAUUCGUUAGAAAAUUUAGUCCCAUAUUUUAAUGGUAGAAUAUUUUUAGAAAAUAAAGAAGAAAUAGGAAAGGUUGAAGAAGUUUUAGGGCCAAUUAAUGAAUUCUAUUUUUCAGUUAAAUUGAAAGAAGGAAUACUAGCAAAAUCUUUUUCAAGUGAUACUAAAUUUUAUAUUGAUGAGUCUCAAACUUUACCUUUAAGUAGAUUUUUGCCACAAGACAAAAGCGCAGAAAAGAAAAAUCCAAAGAAGAAAAAGACAAAUAGGGAUAAGAAAAAAAACAGCAACAAUAAUGUCAAUAAAAAUUUUAAUAAGCAAAAUAAAUUCGGAUCAGGAGGAAAAAAUCGAAAUGAUCGAAAUAAUUGGAAUAACUCAGGAGGUAAUAAUUUUGGUGGGGGAAAUCGCAAUAAAGGCAAUAGCAAUUUCAAGAACAGAUCGAAUAGUGGUCGUAAAUUUGGAAAUCAACGGGGUAGAUUUUGA